GUAUGCAAACAAGAGACGAUCAGCCGCGUUGCAGAAAAUGUGGGUGGAAGCUUAAUGGUUAGGCGAGACUCGCAUGAUAACGGCAUGUUUAUAAGCGGGUUCAUGGGUGAAGCGACCAGCAAACGCCAGUUUUUAUUUUCUUCUUACCACGUUUCCUUUUAAUACGCACUCUUACUAUCACAUAUGAGUGCCACUAAACACGCGCCAGUACAAACAAGUAACCCGCAGGGCCGGCGCAGCAAGAGUAAGAAGCCAGGCGCAGCGCAGCGUAGCCGGGGGCCACCGCAGGUACGCGUGAGCGUGCGGGCGUCGUCAGAGCAGCCGUGCAGACGGUCGCGUAGCCGCACGCCCAGCCGCACGCCCGACAAGUUCUCGGACGUCUGGGCGCGCAAGCCCACGCGUGCCAAGCUCUCGCUCGAAUCGAUGUCGCUGUCCGGCCUGUUCCACUCCAAGAGCCAGAAGAUCAAGACCGCCCGGAAAUCCCCUGCCAAGCACAGCAGGCGGCGCAGCAUCAGCGAGCCCGCCGAGCAGCCCAGGUAUGCAAUGCCAGAGCCGCGCACAAAUGACCCGGAGAUGCAGCGGCUGCUGGCGAUGCUCCAGGGGCACAUGCAGGCACAGCCGAUGGCACGACCGCCGAGCAUUUCGAUGCCGGUGCCGCCGGUAGUGCAGCCGACGCGGGCCAGCGUGUUGGGGAAGGCCAUCUCUGGGGGUCCACAACUGCGCCGGGCGAACAAUGCGUCGCAGCAGUCGUUGCUGCACAACCAGGCGGCGUUGGCGGUGUCUCGCAGCACGCCGGUGCAGGACGACGAGCUGAGCGCAUUUGGCGAGCCAGACAACGAGGUAUCUGCAGGCCUGGCAGUGCACAAGCCCACGCAGUCGAAGACUAUGCCGUCAAUUCAUAGCCGCAUAGCCGAAGCUGCGCUGCUGCCCCCGCCCAUGCGUAUCGACCCCGAUUCAUGCAAUGAGUGGGCGCGGCACUCCAGUGUGUUCUCGGAUAGUGGGCGCGGGUCACACGUCUACACGGUGAUCGGCAAGGCCAUCGCCUCGGCUAUGCUGGCACAGGACAACAGCGAGGAGAGCAGCAGCAGCGCACCCCGUGGUGAUGUGGGCGUGCGACCGGUGCAGAUUACGAAGCAGCGCACGACCGGCGACAUCAACGAGACGCUGGUGCACCGCCGACGCACCGACGCCGAGCAGAGCAGCAUCGAGUCGGCCAACGUUAUGACGCCAGACACCUUCGCCACAGCGCGGCAGUACAUGGGCCAGCCCAGCGACGCGCCUUUCCCAGAUCCGCCUGCCGUACCACUGCCCGCCCGCCAGUCGUCCAGCGCACCGACGGCACCGCUGCCCCAGCCGCCUGCUAGGGAUGCAUCGCGGAGCCGCGGCUCUGAUGUCAGUGCCAUCGCAGUGCGCCACCACUUGCAGGUCGACGAGGACCGCGAGGAAAAGGUUGAAGGCCGCGACUCGUAUGCCUCCGACGAGCAGCCGUUGCCGGAGAUGGUGCUGGCUGAGUGGCUCGGGGCACCCGCCGAUGCACCAACUGGCGCCGGCACAACGCAGGCGAGCACACCGCCACCGCGCCCGGCGAGCUUCGCGGAGAAGCGUGGUGUUGUGGAGGCGCUGUUGGCGCGCGUGGCCGAUCUUGAGAGCCGGUUCGCGUGCGUCGAGGCGGUGCUGGGCGGGCUGGAGCACGAGCUGGACCAGCUACUGCGUGGCCGCACUGAGCCGGUUGUGCGCCGCGGCAAGGUCGUCGAUCCAGCCGCUGCCCGGAAGCCCGAGGUGCGCGUGCGCGAUAGCCUAUCCGACUCGCCAGCUGAUGCUGAAGACGAUGGGUUCUGGCGCCGCGAGAACCUGACGCGCUACGUCAGCCAGUCACAGGCUGACUUUGACGAGGCCACCACGCAAACCCUUGUGUCAAUCAUGGCCAUGCUGCGCGGCCUGUCGUCUGUCCGCCAGGCCAAGCAGGCCAUGGCCUCCAUCGACACCGUGCUGGCCAACCUCAACCUGAGCGACAGCCAGCUGCCGCGCUAGCUUCAGAUACCAGCACACAGGGAGGCUUCGAGCGUGGAAAGCGACCCGACUCGACAAGAAAGCAAAUGCUGAAGUGUUUUUUUAUCAAGAGUUAGCUGCUCCUCUCAUCAAUGACAAGAAAUGAAGGGAUCUGUUCUUGGGCGCUCUCCUUUUAUCUUUUGCUGCAGCAUGUCUGCUAAGGUACGUGUGCUGUUGAAGAUGUGCGUCUUCCGCAGCUUGCUGUCUCUGGCCCUGGCCCUGGCCACAUCAAUCCAUUCGC